AUCUACCUGGACUGCAGUGUACACAGUACAUUGAAGGACUGCAGAGGGAAGCACAACAAGCUCUAAAUGAACACAUCAGACUCAUUCACAGAGGUGAUGAAGCCAGAUUUGCCAAGCUGAAUGUUGUUCUAUCCUUGCUAAGAUCUAUUAAUGCUAAUGUGAUUGCUGAAUUAUUCUUUAGGCCCAUCAUUGGGGCAGUGAACAUGGAUGACAUGCUUUUGGAAAUGCUUUGUGCAAAAUUAUAA